GGCAGCUGGCAACGCACCACCACCACCAGUCGCGCUCACGCACGCACGCGCGCGCGCACGUUUCUCUGGCUUUUUUUUAAUUUCCCAUUUUUUUAAAAUAAAAUUACCGAUUUGAUUAUUUUUUUUCAGCAUCGCACGGCACCGCCGCCUUUCCCCAUUGCCGCGGGAAUUUAUUUCGCAUUUUUUUUUAGCGCCCUCGUUAAAGUCUCGUCGGAGAGAUUUUUUUUUUAAUUCAUUUUGACCCGCUAGCGAGUGCAACAACAAAAACACAAACAAAAUUACCACCUCCCAACCAUCAACCAAACCAACUCUCACCAAGGAACAAUGUACGGAGGCGAGACUCGCACCGUUGUGCGGCGGCCGUACAAGCUGAUCGCGGCUCUCUGCGCCUUCGGGGCGGCCGCUCUCGAGGCCGUGUCGCUCGGCUCGUCCGCCUGGGUCACCGCGGAGAAGUUCAGCCUCUCGCUGUGGCACUCGUGCCGCCAGCACACCUCGGCGUGGCUCUGCGUCUCCGCCCUCUCGCAUGACUGGCUGGUGGCCACUCUCGCGCUGGUGCUGACUGCCAGCGUGCUUGCCCUGAUCUGCACCAUCAUGGGAUGCGUCUCGCUCUGCAGGAACUCAUCCCAACGACUCUACAAGCUGAUCGCCGCUCUGCUCUUCUUUGCUGCCGUCCUGCAGGUGUGUGCCCUGGUGCUCUACCCCAUCAAGUUCCUGGAGGCGCCCGCUCAGAGCAGCACUUACUACGAGUUCAACUGGGGCUACGGCGUCGCCUGGGGUGCCGUCAUCUUCAUGAUCGGGGCCGGUGUGCUCUACUGCAUCAACCCCAAGACGGAAGACCACGAUUAUCCAUACUGAGCCGUGGGGGGGGGGUGGGGGUGGGGGCAGUGGCGACGGCGACGAAUGGCAACGACGAACGAGAGUGUGAGAACUGUUCACCUCGUCCGCUCGUCGUCGGCGAGUCUCCAAAACAGAGCGAGGUCGGAGAGAGAGAGGAAGAAGUGGAGGGGGGGGGGGUCUUCUGUCGUGCUUUUCCCAACCGAGGGGUUCAAAGUGUUUCCGCGUUUGAGCCCUCUCCGUGCACGUGUCUGGCCGUCUGUGACCGGUGAGCGGGAGGGGGGCGGAGUGGUGUGUGUGUUGGGGGGGGGGGGGGGGGAGCUGGAUAACUCUCGCUAAAUGCGAUCCGAUGUGAAUUUAAGUGUUUUUUUUGUUAGUCGCGUUGCCCUGAGGGGACUUGCCCCUCCGACCCCCUCCCCCCCCCAAUGUCUUGGCCCCGCUGUGCGAACGCGUUAACCCCCAAAACGGGAGGUCGCGCGCCGCUGCCCGUGCCGAGUGAGAGAGGCCUGCAGGCCGAGGGUGGCCACCUCGACAUGCUUGGGGGGGUGGGGCAUGGCGGUGGACUUCUUCAUCAAAGGAGACGCGCGCCGGGCCUUUUAGCUCUGGGUUUUAACCUGUGGUGCUCGCUUCACGUGCGGCCCUGGUUUGUGCGUGCGUGUAGUUCAACGGUCAGCGCGCUGCACGGCGAAACCCGGCGACCCGAGUUCGAUUCCCGCUCACGGCCAACACCCAGUGACGAUUUUCCGAGCCUGUU